GUAGUCCCUGAUUUCGGUCCCCUUCUUCUCUAUUCGAUCCCCCAAAUCCCUAUUCGCCAUUAUCACCACACAUCAGCGACCUUCUCUCUCUCUUCCUCAUUCUCUCUCCUAUAGAACAAACCCUAGACCUCCAAUUAUCCUCUCGCAGAGUCCCAUCACAUCCUCUACGUCUUUCUUUGGUGGCAUGAAAGCAAAGUGAGAGAGACUGUGUUGAUUACUCAAAAGAAUCGACACACGACGCCUAAGCGAUUGGAAUUGAGAAAGGAUAUGAGCUGACAUGAGUAGACUGUCAUUUAGGCCUCGUCCUCUUGACAUUCACAAGAAGCUCCCAAUUGUAAAAUCUGUCAAGGAAUUCGAAGAUGACGAGACCCCCACGUCUACUCGUAAUUCGCAGAUUAUGCGUCUCGCUGCAGAGGCCGAUACUGAGGUGCAGCAAGUUCCUACGAAGAAAGUGGCUUCUGAAAUCCCUACUCCAGAGUUUGUUGUUGUUGACACAUAUGAAAGAGAUUAUUCCCGCACUUUCUCUCAACCAACUUCAUACUUACGAGCAAGAGGAGCUCGGGCUGAGCUUGGAGAAUUUGUGGAGUAUGAUGUGGACAACGAGGAUGAAGAUUGGAUUCAGGAGUUCAACGAAGAAAAAGAGCUUCUUACCCCUGAAAUUUUUGAAACUGCCCUAUUUAAAUUGGAGAUAUUGGAUCAUAAGGCACGAGAAAGAGCAGGAAUUAUAACUCCUACUCUUGGCUCACCCGUUCCUGUACUUCUACAAUUCGAUGCUGCUGCUGAGGCCUUACUUCCCUUGUCCAUAGAAUAUGGAAUUUCACAGUGCAUCUAUGAUUACUGGAAGGAAAAGCGUGAACGAUGGCAAAAGCCUAUAUUGCGACGUCUGCAGCCUCCUCCACCAUCUAAUGAUACCAACCCAUAUAACGUGUUUAGACCAAGGGAGAAGGCCCACAGACUUCACACAAGAAGAAUGCAAAGGAGGGAAAACAACGUGCAGUCGUUUGAAAAGCUUCGCCAGGUCAGGCGCAACCUUGACCAAGCCAAGACCCUACUGGAGGCUUUAAUCAAGAGAGAGGAGAAAAAGAGGGAAGUCACGGAGAGCGAAGUCAGCCUUCAAAGGAUCCAAAUGAAGUACAAGCAUGAAACUGAGCUCCUUGAGGACAGCUUGGCUCUGCCUGGAUUUCCUUCCUUCGCAGGAAAAUUUGGUUCAAGUGAGGAGGAAUUCGUGGACUCUGAUGAUGUUGCAUACAGCCGUCAGAAUGCACGACAGAAUACGCCUUUUGCAGACACCAAGCUGGUGAUGGUUUCUCCAGGAAGCAUCAAGCGAGAGUUCAGGAGGCGAAAUGCCCCAAAUGGAUGGCUUCAGAAAUUGGAUCCACUUGAGCCGGUUCUGUUGUUCACUAAACCUCUAGUUCCAGAAAAACUGGCGGCUGUAGGAAUUGUGCCCCCAUCAAGUUCUCCGAUGACAAACAUCGCAUCUGUCCGUUCACAGAGCUUCCACGGGAGGAUUGGCCGAGGGGGGCGAAUUGUAUUCGACAGAUGGAAUCCGCUUAUGCAUACACCAAUCGAUUGUGGUGACACUUUUUAUAUACCUCCAAAACCCCGUCCUUCUAUGCAUAACUGAUGCUCUGCUGGUGCACAAGUGGACCCAUUCGAAAGUGAUUCACUCUCUUCUUUAAAGGUGGCGAGGCAUUGAGGAAUGAAGAGAUUAGUGAAUAUGAGAGGUCUAGUUACGGGUAUAUGAUGCAGAGGCAUGAAGGCAACUUCCAUUAUAAUUUGGAAAGUGGUUGUAUUUUUGGUAUGACAAUGCCUCAUCACAAGGAAGUUUGGCCAUGUUUUGCCUCUGCCCGUUGUAGAAUAAUUGUGUUCUUUGCUUAAAGUAAUCAAGCUCUCUCUCUCUCUCUCUCUCUCUCUC